AUGGGAAAAAACCAAAGCAAACCGACGUCGCCGAAGAAGAAAAAGGCUAAUAAGAAACUUUCACCGGAGGAGGUUCGCGAUCUCGAACAGAGCACCUAUUGUGAGUUUGUGGAGCUUGGAACUGAAAAUCGGAACUUCUGCCACUUUUCAAUAGCGAAAAAGUCGAAAGUUCACCUUGGAAAUAAGAGAAAUGAACAUUUUCUUGCUUUUCAGACACUAUACUCAAAAACUUUGAAUAUAAUUUUUCAGUCAGCAAAAAAGAGCUCAAAAAAUGGUACAAAGACUUUGUGAGAGAUUGCCCUUCUGGAGAACUACGAAUGGAAGAAUUCCAAGGAAUCUACAAGCAGUUUUUCCCAAAUGGAGAUCCCUCCAAAUUUGCGGCUUUCGUUUUUAAUGUCUUUGAUGAUAAUCAGGUAAUUUUCAUCAUUGAUAAGCAAAUUUUUGGAUAAAACUCGUUCAGGAUGGCCACAUAUCCUUCAAGGAGUUCAUCGCCGCCCUGUCUAUAACGUCAAGAGGAACUUUGGAUGAGAAGCUUGAUUGUGAGUUCUAAUUUUGUUUGAGAAAAAAAACACCGUUCAACAUUGAUUCUGAUCAUAUCCUAGAAUUGCUUAGAGGUCUAAGUUGUUCGAUUAAUUUUUUCCCUUCAUUUCGAAAAAUAGGUGAAGAAAUUUUUUUCCGCUUUGGGAAUUUUUUUGUGAAAUCGUGGUUUUCCUUUUUAUUUUCGAAAAGUAUCAUUUCCUGUGAAGGUAAAAACUGGUAAAACUUCAUAAGAAAAAAAAAUGAAGAGCGCAUUCAAAAAUAAUCGUCUUGAAUUCGAGCAAAUCCACUUAGUUUCAAUUUGCUGAAAAAAAAUCGAUUACUUUUAAUUCUUAUUGUUUCUUCUCAGCUUGUUGGGGAAUACUGAAAAAUUCAGACAAAACAAAGAUGCUCCACGAAAUUCAUAUUUUCCUCCUACACCUCUUUUUUGUUUUUCCUACUGCCAAAGUUAAUUAAGUAACUUUUCAUUUUUCAGAAAGAUACGUCUUUAAUUAAAAAAACCCUCCCGAAUAGACAUAUUUUAUUUUUGCGCCAAUCAAAAAUUCAAAACAAUUUGGAAGCAAGCUACGGCACAUUACGAUUGUUUUGAGGCGUCGUAAUUUUAUAAACGCUUGAAAUUGCAAGUCACUUCAGGGGCGUUCUCGCUAUACGACGUCGACAAGGACGGCUUCAUCACCAAAACCGAAAUGGCAAACAUUGUCGACGCUAUUUACAGGUAAUACGCCGUUUUAUAUGUUAUUUUCGCUGCGAGGCGCGAAGCAAUCGGAAAAAUGAGCCGCUGGGCAAAACCACAUGGGUUGGAAAGAUGUCGCGGGAAACAAAUGAGAGCCAAAUGUUUCUAUUGCUUUGCUUUUUCGUGAGCCAGGCAACCGGUCAUCUCAGUUUUCGCGUCUUCCAGAGGGUGGCUUGAAAUUAGGAAGUGAAGAAAACCGAAAAAACGAAGCUUCAAAUCAGUAGAAGCUGUUGUAGAAGUCUUAAAAAAAUUUCAAAGAAGAAAAAUUUCAAAAAUAGGAGUUGAGCGUUUAAAAAUUUUUUUAUUUGAGGAUGAUGGAGAUUGUCUUUUAACGAAUAACAUUGAUUCUUGAGAAAUUCAUAAAGGCAUGUCGAAAAAAUUCGAAAUUGAAAAAAAAAAUUAAUAAAUCACGGCUGUAAAAAUGAAAAUUUCAAGAAAUCCUUGAACCCAAAAAAGUUUUUUCUGUUCCUCCUAAGUAUUAUUAGAGAAACUCCUACUGAAAGAUGAUGUUUUGAUAUUUUUCACAACAAAAAACAUUUCAGGACUUGUUGCAAACCGAAUUUAUUUUUUAGCAUUUUUCGCACCCACAAAGAGUGAAGAUAGAACAGCAAGAAGCAAUUUAAUUCCGAAAGCAAUUCCAACAAAGUGCAUUUUGCAGUAUUAUAACUGAGUUUACAGCAUGAUUGGCAACAUGCUGGAGCUGCCAAAAGACGAAGACACGCCUCAGAAACGCGUCGAAAAAAUUUUCACCAACAUGGAUAAGGUUAGAAAAAAGGGAUCAGUUUUUUAUAGAAAAAGGAAAAAUUUCAGAACUACGAUGGUAAACUGACGCGGGAAGAGUUCAAAGAAGGAUCCAAGGCGGAUCCUUGGAUCGUUCAGGCCUUGACAAUGGACAUGUCCUCUAGCAAUUGA